CUAUGGAGUGUCGAAAUAAAACAGGAGUUCCAGCCCGGAAACUAAUCCAAGCUCGACUGCCCUUCAAACGCUUGAAUCCCAUACCAAAGGAGAAAAACGACACAAAUCCCGAAGUGAAAAAAGCCAGGAGCGUGCAGAACGCCCUCGAUCAAAACGCAGCCUACCCUGACUCGCCGCAUCCAUUGUCGGACAAUGUGGAAAACAGUUGCGAGGAAGAAACUGAAUCCCUUGUUCCAAAACUGGUUAAUGGCAAGGGUCCCCUAGAUAACUUUGUGAAGAUAAGUAUAAAAAAUGAUACAAGUCAGUCUCGGCUCUUCAUAGACUUGACGGAUGACCCUCCUCACAGGCUGGAUGAGGACACGGGUCGCACCGAGUCCAGCGUCCGAGUAGCAUCUCCGGGGGGAACCCCAAAGGAGAAAGAAGGCCAGGCCACGUCCCCAGAUUCCUCUUGCAACGCCCAGGAGGUGGAUCCUUGUUUAGAAACCGGCUUAGAUAUAACAGAUAAGGAAUUACCAAGCGCGGCAUCCACUGGGCUAGAAACUAAUAUUUCCACAGAGGAUAAACCUCAGAAUGUCAUAUUUGAACGGAAAAUGCCAGUCGUGGUUCUGGAGGACAUCUUGGUCAGCAGAUCUCCUCAAGCUGCAGCUUUGGAAAGAAGCACAAACUCUGAAAACGAAACCCUGGAGUCCUGUCCCGAAGAGGAGACGCCGUGUACCAAUUCCUCCUCAAGUUCUGUCUCUCUCACCAGCUCCCCUGAGUCUCGGGCGACCAAGGAGCACAACGUUAAUCCACUAGCUGCUUCAACACCGGUGUGGAAGGCUUCUUCAAAGGUCCAUCGAAGUUCUGAGGAGAAGGAGAAACUCAAGCUACAGAGGGACCAAGAGCGUGCAGAAAAACUUCAGAAGCUGGAAGCUGAACGGGAGGAGAAGAGACAGCUGAAAAAGGAAGCCCAGGUUGCAAAGGAACGUGCCCGAGAGGAGACAAAGAGGAAGAAAGAGGAAGAGAAGGAGCUGAAGGAUAAAGAAAGGAGGGAGAAAAAGGAGAAAGAUGAAAAAGAGAAAGCUGAAAAGCAACGAGCAAAAGAAGAAAAACGGAAAGAGAGGCAGGAAGCUCUGGAGGCGAAAUUAGAAGAGAAAAGAAAAAAGGAGGAAGAAAAACGCUUAAAAGAAGAAGAGAAGCGCCUCAAAGCAGAGAAGGCUGAAAUCACCCGGUUCUUUCAAAAACCAAAAACCCAGCCGGCUCCAAAAACUCUGGCAGGCUGGUGUGGGAAGUUUGCUCCCUUUGAGAUCAAGGAGAACAUGGUCCUUUCUCCCCUUUGCCGGGUGCCCUUCGAUCAGGGCCUCUCCGACCGAAUGGACAGGUCGGUGCAGAAGCAGAGCUGCGACUCUUCUUUCCUGGAAGAGCUGAAGAGUCGGGACCCUAGGAAAUCGGAGCCCACCCUUGUCGGCAGCCCCAGCGCUGACGGGAUUAACAGCGAUGUGGUCAUUGUGAGUAGCAGCCAGGCAGAAGAUGUCCCCGAAAGGAAGAAAUUCGGCAGAAUGAAACUCCUGCAGUUCUGUGAGAAUCACCGGCCUGCCUACUGGGGCACGUGGAACAAGAGAACGUCCGCGAUAAGGCCUCGAAACCCUUGGGCCAAAGACGUGAAGCUCCUGGACUAUGAAGUUGAGAGUGACGAAGAGUGGGAGGAGGAGGAACCGGGGGAGUCCCUCUCUCACAGCGAAGGGGAUGAGGAAGAAGAGGGUGGAGAGGAGGAAGAUGAUGACGAUGGCUUUUUUGUUCCCCAUGGAUACCUUUCGGAGGAUGAAGGCGGGACUGAAGAAUGCGAUCCCGAAAACUACAAAGCCCGGCAGAAGCUGAAAGCCAAGGAGUGGGACGAGCUGAUCACCAAGGGGAAGAGAUUCCGCAUCUUGCAGCCGGUGAAGAUCGGUUGCAUUUGGGAAAGCGAGCAGAGCGGUGCCGUCACAACGGCAGAAAUGGGGAUCCUGCAGCAAUUUACGGCUUCUGUCCUGGAUGUCGGUUUUGCAGAGGAAGAUUUGAUAGAGAAAAGCAACAAAAACAGAACAAAAGACCAACAAAUUCUGGCUCAGCUGCUUCCUCUACUUCACGGCAACGUGAACGGAAGCAAAGUCAUCAUUCAUGAGUUCCAGGAACGUUGCCGCUUGGCAUUGCUGUCGGACCCCAACAAUCCGGUCUCCUCCCUGGGCAGCGGAGAUGCCAGCUCCAAGGUCCCUCAAGGCCAGUCUCCGGCCUGCGAGAACGCCGUUCCUUCCAAAGCCAGGCUGAAGAAGAUCAUCUCCGAGAACUCUGUUUACGAGAAGAGGCCCGAGUAUCGGAUGUGUUGGUACGUGCACUCCGAGGUCCUGAAGAGCUUUGGCCAGGAGCACCUGCCUGUGCCUUGCCAGUGGAACUACAUUACCCAGCUUCCAUCCGUGGCCAAGGAAGAAGCGGGCAGUUUGCAAGGAGGCGCGGCAACCCAGACCACCCCAGUAUCCGCAAAACGGAAGUCGACGCAAAGCAUGUCAAUAACCAAGUUCAUGAGACCCCCGGGGACCGAGCAGGCGGAAAUGACAGAGAUGGAUGGAUUUCAGGCAGACACCGAGGAAGAUGACGACGAUGAAUGCAUCAUCGUAGAUGUACAGCCAAGCCAAGGCAAGCUGGCUAAUUCAGCGCCGGAACGGAAGACCCCCAAAGCAGAACCAGCUGCUGCGGCUGCCGGAAACUUCCCUGACCCCUUUUGAUAUAUGCAUCCCUAUUCUUUCCCUCCCCCGCUCCCCUUUUUGUACGUAUGUAGAAUUCUUUUAGCUUAUUGUAAAACCCUUGUGUAUCUUUUUUUUUUUCCCCUGUACGAGAUACUUGAACGUACUGUGUUCCUUGUAAAGAGAAGACAGCACUUUGUUCGGCUCCAAACCGGUGGACG